CUGGAAGCCGACGAGCUGCUGCCGGCCCGGGAGAAAGUGGCAGAGCCCCCGCCGCCCCCGCCUGCGCACUUCUCAGAGACUUUCCCAAGUCUGCCGGCAGAGGGGAAGGUGUACAGCUCAGACGAGGAGAAGCUGGAGGCCCCAGCGGGAGACCCAGCAGGCAGCGAGCAGGAGGAGGAGGGCUCAGGCGGUGACAGCGAGGACGACAGUUUCCUGGACAGUUCUGCAGGGGGCCCUGGGGCUCUUCUGGGACCUAAACCGAAGCUAAAGGGAAGCCUGGGGACUGGAGCUGAGGAGGGGACACCGGUGACCACGGGGGUCAGCGCCCCGGGGGGGAAAAGCCGCCGGCGCCGCACGGCCUUCACCAGCGAGCAGCUCCUGGAACUGGAGAAGGAGUUCCACUGCAAGAAGUAUCUGAGCCUGACAGAGCGCUCCCAGAUCGCCCACGCCCUCAAGCUCAGCGAGGUGCAGGUCAAGAUCUGGUUCCAGAACCGCCGGGCCAAGUGGAAGCGCAUCAAAGCCGGCAACGUGAGCAGCCGUUCCGGGGAGCCUGUCAGGAACCCCAAGAUCGUCGUGCCCAUACCCGUGCACGUCAACAGGUUCGCUGUGCGCAGCCAACACCAGCAAAUGGAGCAGGGGGCCCGGCCCUGACCCGAGCAAGGACUGCGGCUGGGCUGUGCCCACAGGAGGGACCGCAGCGGGGAGAGGCCCACGGUGCUCCCCGCCCUGAGACCAGAGACCUUCAGGAUGAGGGGCUUCAGGGCCACAGGGGCUCCGGGUCUACUCGCCAGGGAGGUGCUGGGACUGGGGUGGACUCCUCAGGCCCAUGGGGCUUUUAAUGCUCGAGGCCUGAAGGGUUCUGUGGCUGACGUCCGGGAACAGCUUCUGACCAAAUGGAGGAGCCCAGGGCCACACCAGCCCAGAUGAUGGCAGCUCCUUAUUUAUUUUAUGUAAAGUUUGUAUAUACGGAGCUGGGUCUCUGUCUGCACUCCUAAGAAGCUUCGGGAAAGGUCUGUCUCAUUGAGCCUCAGCCAGAGUUCAUUCCAUCCUGCACUUGGCCGGCCGUGGGCAGCGUCUCUUCAGUGCAAGGUGUGGGAAGAGAUGGCUGGAACCACCAGCAGUCUCCAGGGGACCACGGCUCCCCUCACCCCUGCCUCCCGCUUGGCCCUGCUCCCACGUACACCCCUCACCUCCCGCUACAGCCACUGUUCCUCUUCCAGGUAAACAGGCCUCUUUGGAAGAGGUGGCCGACUCCAGGGGGUGAGACUCACUCCCAUUUGUAUUAAAGCUAAAUGACGGCACCUGACCCUCAAUGGCUGGUGUGUAUUGGAGCCAGCUAACUGGCUAGAGGUCGCCAGUCCAGUCAGUGACAGGGGCAGGGUGGGGCUCGCUCACACUACCUUUGGGUACAGAGGACACACCAACCGAGUGGCCUCUGCUGCCCUUUGUAUUUCAGAUGCGAGGGCCCAGGGAGGGAGGACUCGUCUCUGGAGCCGUUUCCGAAGCUUCAGGUACUGCAGCCUCUUCUGCUACAGAACAAGGUGGGCACAGAGGAGUCACUGCCAAAUGGAGGGGACAGGAGCCAGUCUGUGAUGGUUCUGGAAAGGUGUGUGCCGUGGGGAAGACCAGAGCGAGGCUGUGGGAUUGGAAGGGACGGUGUUGGUGGAUAAAGCAAACACCCGAGCUACACCCUCCAGACACACUGCGCUGACUGCAGGCAGAGGGACGGUUAGGGAGACCGGCUGAGGCCGGUUCACGGCAGGCCAGCUGCUUGGGAAGAACUUGGCCGUCUUGGUGGAGAGGAGAGCUAGUGUGAACAGGCCAUGGAGAAGACAAACAGCAGGGUCAGAGGGAAGCCAAACGCCCCACCAACCCCCGUACCCUCCUCAUAGGACCAACGAUUGUUCCUGGAAUGACAAAUCAGUCAAUGUCUCAUUGACUCGUCUUGUGGCUCGACUGGGGUUGCCCUUCCUGAGCAGCCUGUUUCUCCCAAAGCAAGCAGCUGGGAGCUGCGACUGGUCAGUGACGAUAGAAAGGUCUACCGUUGAGUGAGGACCCCUAGGCCCAGGCUGUCUGUGCCCCUCGGCUAAGUUUCAGCUGGGCUUCUGAUUACAGCUUAAAGUAUGAAGUCCAGACCUGCCGGGUCCCUGGCCUGACCUGCCAAGGCUAAGUCCCCCUGGUUCCUUAGACUCACCCUGCUCAGGGAACCAACAGGAUUAGGUUGUGUUGAGGAGAUAAGUCAGUCAGAGGUUGACAAGGACAGCGCUGUCCCUUCAGCAGAGUUGGGGCAGAGGCUCUAGCUCCACGCCCAGUGUGGAGGGCAAGUGAGCACUGAGCAGAAAGGCCGGAGGGACCAGCCACCACCAAGGAUGCUGUGCGUCUCCCCUGGCUCUGUGCCUGGCUGAGCAGGGUCCCGCCGGCCGAGCGGCUUGUCUUGAGGGAGUCUGGAGGUGACCGCUGCUAGUUUCCCAAGUCCAGGAACCCAGUCCCACACACCAUGGCCCUGGCUCUUCUGCCCUGAUCUACGUGCAAGGCUCUUAACAGUCUUGCAAAAGGGGGCGUGGACAAAGAAAUAAAACCUGGUUUCCUCUCUGA